UGACGGAUGAACGAAGCCAUAUCUGUUGCUAUUCUACAUCCAACUCCAACGCUCAUACAUCUUACCUCUAACCCCCCCCAACAGCAAGUAUAAUGGUGUCCCCAGCACGAACUGCGACAAUCUCGCGCGACACCAAUGAAACCAAAAUUAACAUCUCUCUUAGCCUCGACGGUGGCGCCCUCCCACACAGCAGUACCAAUGGCGAAACAGCUGUCAAGCAAGAUCACGCAGCGCAGAUCUCCAAGCGUCAACAGAUAGAUGUAAAUACGGGCAUUGGGUUUCUGGAUCAUAUGCUGCACGCACUGGCGAAGCAUGCGGGCUGGAGUUUACAAAUACGGGCGAAGGGUGAUCUGCACAUUGAUGACCACCACACUGCUGAAGACACAUGCAUCGCCCUCGGUACGGCCUUCAAGACCGCCCUCCUCACACCCACAACCCCACCACACCCUGCCCCCGCCCGCUUUGGCAGCGCAUACUGCCCGCUCGAUGAAGCCCUCUCGCGCGCCGUCAUAGAUCUCUCAAAUCGCCCAUACUCCGUUGUGGAUCUUGGGCUCAAGAGAGAGAAGAUUGGCGACCUGAGCUGUGAAAUGAUACCGCAUUGCUUCCAGAGCUUCGCACAGGCGGCGGGCGUAACGCUGCAUGUAGAUUGCUUGAGAGGCGAGAAUGAUCAUCACAGGGCGGAGAGUGCCUUUAAAGCGUUGGCUGUAGCGAUUCGGAUAGCUACGGGCCCGUGGGAAAGACCAGGUGUCGAGGUCGGUGAGGGCGAGGGCGAGGUGAGAAGUACCAAAGGGGUGUUGUAUUGAGAAUUUUAUCGGCAGUCGAAAGCACGAUGUUCGACACCUGACUUGGUUAAUGUAUGGUUGCUACAGUACAAACUGUGUCUAUAGCCCUGUACAAUAUCCUUAAUGAUGAUACACUACCGCUUGUACUCUCUAUGUGUUAGACAGAAACUUCAUAAUUUUACAUAAUGUACUUAAAAUGAUAGAUCAUGCUUCAAGCAUCGUUAUUA